AUGAUCAAGGAGCGGAAGGAGUUACUUGAGGAGAACUACGCCAUGCGUGAAAAAAUAGUUGAAUAUGAACUGAAAGUUGCAGAACUCGGUCCCGAAGCUGCCGCGGCAAAGGAGUCGGAAAUCAGCCGGCUCCGGGCAGAAAUGGAACAUCAACGCGUGGUGUUCAACAAUGCUGAAUCCUCUUUUAAGGAACGGGCGCAAAAUCAGCAAAGAAUUCUCGAACAGUCUCAGCAGCUUUUACGGGCGCAAGCUGAACAAAUAAAGCGGUUUAGCAAAGAGGUGGCGGAGUUGAAGUUUCGGCUUGGACCGAAGACCUAUUUCCGGAGACCGAAUCAUCACAGAAAAGCUGACCACACUGCCGAUCAAGGAUCAGACUCUGGUAGCAGUUUAUUAGACGAAUUUAUACCCGGAGACGCUCUGGCGUUCCUUAAGAAUCGUUUCAUCGAACUGGACCACGAUUUAGCUAAAAUGAACAUUAUGGUGUCCAGAUGUGACCAUUAUGACGAGGUCCUAGGCCAAGAAUUAACUCCAUCUCAAAACCGUCCAUCAGUUUCUGCGGGUCAACCUGAAACAGGACGUGUGUCAUCGCAAAACGUUGUUACCGCUGCCGAAGGCAAGUCAGAAAUAGAAGAAGAUGUCGGAGAUGUGACCAUGAUCGCCGGUCCUUCAAGACCCGAAGGAUUUCAAACGACGAACCCUCCAAGGUCUCCAGCAGAGCCGAGGCAAAAAACUGAGGAUGGGGAGGUACCGAUAAAGUCACCGCCGACUAAUACUGUCAAACCACGGCCAUCGCAGUUGAUCGUGAGUGACGCAGUUGCUGUCGAACCUGCGGAAUAUCCUCAAGAGACAUCUGCCAAAGCUGAAGUUGUGAAGAAAGAGACCUUCGCAGAGGUAGAUCCUUUUAUACAAAAGUACUUGACUCUCACGAAAAGGUCUAAAGAACUGAACAGCAAAGCCGCAACAGAAGCCGAAGAUAAUGAAGAUUUAGAAACCGCUGAUUUUGAAGCUGGAAGCGUGCAGGGCGGAAACGACUUCGAUUGGUAA